CGCAGCUUCCUCCUCUCUCCUCCACCUUAUAGACCCAAAACACAAAAACCCAUCUUCCAAAUCCGACAGAAUCGGUCUCUCUUGAAUAACCUCCAUGGAAGUCGAAGUCAAGCUCCGUCUUUUAACCGCCGCUGCUCAUCUCCGUCUCACCACUCUUCUAACUCCUUUCCACCUCAAAACCCUUCACCAACGCAACAUCUUCUUCGACACACCCAAAAACGAUCUCUCCCUCCGCCGCGCCGUCCUCCGUCUCCGCUUCCUUCAAAACGCUGCCGUUUCGUCUCCGCCUCGUUGUAUUGUAUCUCUCAAGGCGAAACCAACUCUUGCUAAUGGGAUUAGCCGUGUGGAGGAAGAUGAAGAGGAGAUUGAUUAUGGGAUUGGUGAAGAAUGUGUUGAUUCACCGGAUAAGCUCUCAGCCGUUGGAUCUAGGGUUUUGAAAAGGGUUCAAGAGGAGUAUGGGUUUAAAGACUUUCUAGGGUUUGUUUGUUUAGGUGGGUUUGAGAAUGUUAGGAAUGUGUAUGAGUGGAGAGGUGUGAAACUUGAGGUUGAUGAGACUAAGUAUGCUUUUGGGAAAUGUUUUGAGAUUGAAUGUGAAACAGAGGAACCAGAGCGUGUUAAGACUAUGAUUGAGGAGUUUCUUACAGAGAGCAAGAUUGAGUUUUCGAAUUCGGACAUGACCAAGUUUGCUGUUUUUCGUUCAGGAAAGCUUCCUUGACAUGGUGGGAAGAAGAAUGGCUUCUUGGUUCAUGGAUUUUGGGCAUCAGCAUGAUUAACUUUAAAUUAAUGGCCAGCUGCAAGAAUAAUUACUAUUGAACUAGAUGAUCACAUUGUACCAUUUCUCAAUGUCUUUUUCAUUCUCUCUAAGUUUAAGGAUUGUUUCCUGAGCCUUAGUAUUACUUUGGAAUUGUGUUUUUUUUUUCUCUUUCUGUAAAUUUAAUUUCAACCAAAGCUUUCGCACC